GGUCAGAGGUGUUGAGUUGUGAAGAUGGCGGCGCCCUGUGAGCUGUUUUGCUGGAAGGCAGGUUUGGGUUUACCGUCAGUGAACACGGACUGUCUUAUCGUGCUGGCAUAUGCUCGCUUCGCUGGAGCUCCGCUCAAAAUCCACAAGAUUUCCAACCCCUGGAGGAGCCCCACAGGUUCACUUCCAGCUCUCAGGACCAGAGAGGAAGGCAGCUGCUCCCAACCCAGUCAGAUCAUCAUCCAGUUGAGGAAACAGAAAUACAAUGCAGACUAUGAUCUGUCAGCCAAAGAGGGUGCAGACACGCUGGCCUUCAUCUCGCUGUUGGAAGAGCGACUGUUACCCGCGCUGAUCUAUACAUUAUGGAUCGAUCCUAAGAACUACAUGGAGGUGACACGGCACUGGUAUGCAGAGAAUAUCUGCUUCCCGCUGAACUUCUUUCUUCCGAGUCGUAUGCAGAACAGACAACUGGAGCGACUUCGGCUGAUCCGAGGAAACGGUGCACUGGAGGCGGGAGAGGAGGCAGAGAAGGAGCUUUACGGUGAUGCUCUGGAGUGCCUGAAUCUUCUCUCUCAACGCCUGGGAUCGAACAAAUUUUUCUUCGGAGAUUCGCCCUCUUCCCUGGAUGCAUACAUGUUUGGUCAUCUGGCUCCACUUUUAAAGAUUCGGCUGCCCAACUGUCCAUUGCAACAGCACUUGAAGAAUCUAGAAAACUUGAACACAUUUUGCUCGAACAUUCUUAGUCUGUACUUCCCCAGUGAGGGCAGAGAGGAUGUUGGUCGUCCGGUAUCCAGCACACAGAAGGAGAGUGACUUUGACAAUGAGCCGUACAAGAGACGCAAACAGCUGCUGUCAGUGCUGGUUGCUGUGGCAGCAAUGUUGAGCUACGCUCUCCUUACUGGAAUAGUUGCUAUCGAGCAUGUGCAGGAGGAGGGGCCUGGAGGCCCCGCCUCACUCAGAGGCCCCACCCAUGAGGAAGAAGAGGAGGAAUGAAUGAAUGAAAGUAGGGCUUACUGUUAAGUGCACAAGGAUGGUCACUUCUACAUGGAGGAGGAACAUACAGGAACCAUAUACUGAUGGAGAUUUAUGUAUUAUUAUUAUUUCUUAUCUUGAGCUUUUAAUUGCAUGAUAAUCUUUGCUCAUUUUUUUUAAACUUUCCAUUGAGCAGUACAUGUUGCAGACACUUCUUGACUGAUAAUUUAUUUUAGUGUUGAUGAAUUUUUUCUACCAAAACCACAAAAGCAUAAUUGUUAAUUGCUGCUUUUUAAGCUACAUUAAGAUAUGCCAAGUUGUGAAAGCACUUACAACAAUACAUUGAAUGUUAAGAUUUCUUCACUUGUCAUCAACUGAGGGAUUGCCUCAACUUUCAUUGAGUGGACCAAAACAUUUAUAACAAUGGAGAGAUUUGAACCCAUUUAAUAGCUUUAUUGUCUCUAAUAAUGAUACAUUUUUGAACAUCAGCUGGUUUAUUUUUCUGCUGUUAUAAUGCCAAUUUUAUUUGCUGUCUGCAUAAAUCAUUCUAUCAGUACCAGUCUACUGUUAUACUGCUGUUAUCCAGAGAGAGAAAAACUCAUAAAUCUGAUGGAUCCUAUUUAGUGAAAUAGAAAAUGACCAAUAUUUAAUAAACUUGGAGUCUUAACGCUCA